AUGGAAGCCUUGGCGAGCACCAAAUGGGGUGUUUGGAGGUCGAAGGCUCCUUCUGCAUCACACUCUGAUCGUUGUGCUGUCAGAAUGCAACUAUCAGUUCCUCACAGCACAAACAAUGAUUUUUCUCUUCGCAAGUCCCAACAAGCUUUCACUCUCUCCAUGGAUUUGAUGCCUGGAGGUGUUAAUUCCCCUGUUCGUGCCUUUAAAUCAGUUGGAGGACAACCAAUUGUGAUUGAUUCAGUUAAGGGAUCUCGAAUGUGGGACAUUGAUGGCAAUGAGUACAUUCAUUACGUGGGUUCUUGGGGGCCCGCAAUAUUUGGUCACGCCCAUGAUAAGGUACUUGCAGUCCUGGCUGAAACAAUGAAAAAGGGAACCAGCUUUGGGGCACCUUGUCUGCUUGAAAAUAACUUAUCUGAAAUGGUCAUCUCUGCAGUUCCCAGCAUAGAAAUGGGCCGACUUGUUAAUUCAGGCACAGAAGCAUGCAUGGCGGCACUCCGUCUGGCAUGUGCUUUUACAGCGAAGCAGAAGAUCAUCAAGUUUGACGGGUGCUACCAUGGCCAUGCUGAUCCAUUUCUUGUUAAGGCAGGGAGUGGAGUUGCCACAUUAGGACUUCCUGACUCCCCUGGUGUCCCUAAAGCAGUCACUGCCAACACACUCACAGCUCCCUUCAAUGACAUUUUAGCCAUUGAGAAACUUUCUGAGGAUCACAAGGGAGAGAUUGCAGCACUUAUCCUUGAACCUGUUGUAGGAAACUCGGGUUUCAUUGUCCCAAAAUUUGAGUUUCUUGAUGCCAUACGCAAAAUCACCAAGGAGAAGAAUGCCCUUCUCAUCUUUGAUGAACUCAAGAGUAUUUUUGGCAUUGUUCCUGACUUGACAACUCUAGGAAAAAUAAUUGGUGGUGGUCUGCCAGUAGGUGCAUACGGAGGAAGGAGGGAUAUUAUGGAGAUGGUGGCACCAGUAAGACCUAUGUACCAGGCUGGUACUUUGAAUGGAAACCCCUUGGCUAUGGCUGGAGGAAUAGAGACUCUGAAGCUUAUUAAGGAACCAGGAAAGUUGGAUAAAGUCACCGGAUAA